UCUUGUUGCAGAUGUAACAAUAGGACACAGUGUGUGGUGAUCACAGGUUCGGAAGUGUUCCCUGACCCAUGUCCAGGGACGUACAAAUACUUGGAAGUCCAAUAUGAAUGUGUCCCAUACAAAGUGGAGCAAAAAGUUUUUGUUUGCCCUGGGGUGUUGAAAGCAGUGGUGGACUCUCCAUAUAUUUAUGAAGCAGAGCAGAAGGCGGGUGCAUGGUGUAAAGACCCCCUCCAAGCCGCAGAUAAAAUUUAUUUUAUGCCCUGGACUCCGUACCGUACGGAUACAUUAAUGGAAUUCGCCUCUUUGCAAGAUUUUCAGAAUUUCCGACAGACUACAACUUAUAAACUUCCCAACCGGGUGGAUGGCACAGGAUUUGUGGUUUACGAUGGGGCCGUUUUUUUUAAUAAGGAGGAGAGACAAGAAACAUUGUUAAGUUUGACUUGAGGACUAGAAUUAAGAGUGGGGAGGCUAUUAUUAAUUAUGCCAAUUACCACGAUACAUCCCCUUAUCGAUGGGGUGGAAAAACCGAUAUCGAUCUGGCCGUUGAUGAGAACGGGUUGUGGGUGAUCUAUGCGACGGAACAAAACAAUGGAAUGAUUGUUAUCAGCCAGUUAAAUCCUUAUACUCUCCGAUUUGAGGCCACCUUCGAAACCUCCUAUGAUAAGCGGGCAGCCUCGAACGCCUUUAUGAUUUGUGGUGUCCUCUAUGUGGUGCGGGCAGUCUACCAAGACAAUGAAAGCGAAACAGGAAAGAAUGCAAUUGACUACAUCUUCAACACCAAGCUGAACCGAGGAGAAUCUGUUGAUAUUCCUUUCCCCAAUCAGUAUCAAUACAUCGCCGCAGUGGAUUACAACCCUAGGGAUAACCAGCUGUACGUGUGGAAUAACAACUUCAUUCUACGAUACUCUCUAGAGUUCACCCUUCAGGACCUAGCCCAAGUGCCUACAACCAUUGUGGCAGAAACGCCGCCGGCAGAAGUGGUUCAAACCACCAUAUCCACUACAACAACCACCACCUCACAGAAAGGUCUUGUUAGCACAACAUCUGCAGGAGCUAUGAAGGAGGGGAGCCGAGGGCCGAAACCUCCUCCAGUAAUGUCCACUACACGGAAUCCACCACUUACUAGCACCUCACCUCUGCCGGAAAAAUUUUGUGAAGCACGAGAUGCCAGGGGAAUCAGCUGGCCGCAGACACAGAGGGGGGUGGUCGUAGAACGUCCCUGCCCCAAAGGAACUCGAGGAACGGCUUCAUACCUCUGUCAAGUCGCCACCGGCACCUGGAACAUCAGGGGUCCAGAUCUCAGCAACUGUACCUCACACUGGGUCAACCAACUGGCCCAAAAGAUUAGAAGUGGAGAGAACGCCGCCAGCCUCGCCAAUGAGCUGGCAAAACAUACCAAAGGUCCCAUAUUUGCUGGUGAUGUCAGCUCUUCGGUAAGACUCAUGGAGCAGCUUGUGGACAUUCUGGAUGCUCAGUUACAAGGGAUGAAGCCCAGUGAGAAGGACUCUGCUGGCCGCAGUUCUACAAAGCUCCAAAAACGAGAGAAGACUUGCAAGGCUUACUUAAAGGCAAUUGUUGACACGGUGGACAACCUGCUAAGGCCAGAUGCUCUUCAGUCUUGGAGGGAUAUGAAUUCUUCUGAGCAAACCCAUGCUGCCACCUUGUUGCUGGAUACUCUUGAGGAAGGAGCUUUUGUACUUGCGGACAACCUGGCAGACCCAACAAGGGUCACAAUGCCCACAGAAAAUAUAGUCCUCGAGGUGGCUGUGCUCAGUACAGAGGGCCAGGUGCAAGAGUUGAAGUUUCCUCAGGGCAAUAAAGGAGGUAACCUGAUCCAGCUCUCGGCCAACACCGUCAAACAGAACAGCAGAAAUGGUCUGGCCAAGCUGGUCUUCAUCCUGUACAAGAGUCUGGGCCAGUUCCUCAGCACGGAGAAUGCCACCAUAAAACUGGGAGGAGAAUUCGCCAACAGCAACCACACCAUAGCCGUCAACUCCCACGUCAUCGCCGCCACCAUCAACAAGGAAUCCAGCCGCGUCACUUUAUCGGAUCCCGUGCACUUCACACUGGAACACAUCGACCCCAACAAUUAUUUUAAUGCCAACUGCUCCUUUUGGAACUACUCUGAGAGAACCAUGAUGGGAUAUUGGUCAACUCAAGGUUGCCGUCUUGUAGAAACAAAUAAAACCCAUACAACCUGUGCUUGUACCCAUUUGACGAACUUUGCGAUACUUAUGGCGCAUCGAGAAAUUGUUUACAAAAACCAAAUGCAUGAACUUCUCCUUACUGUCAUCACCUGGGUGGGCAUUGUCAUCUCCCUGGUCUGCCUUGCCAUCUGUAUCUUUACUUUCUGCUUCUUCCGUGGCCUCCAAGGGGAUCGGAACACCAUACACAAGAAUCUUUGCAUCAACCUGUUCAUUGCAGAGUUCAUCUUUUUGGUGGGCAUCGAUAAAACCAACCACGAGAUUGCUUGUCCCAUAUUCGCUGGCCUCCUCCACUUUUUCUUCUUGGCUGCUUUUGCCUGGAUGUGCCUGGAAGGUGUUCAGCUUUACCUCAUGCUCGUGGAAGUAUUUGAGAGUGAAUAUUCGAGGAAAAAGUAUUACUACGUUGCUGGAUACCUCUUCCCCGCAACUGUCGUUGGUGUCUCUGCCGCUAUAGACUACAAGAGCUAUGGAACAGAGAAGGCGUGCUGGCUGAGGAUAGACAACAAUUUCAUCUGGAGUUUUAUUGGUCCAGUGGCUUUCAUUAUUUUGGUCAACAUUAUUUUCUUGGUGAUCACACUGUGCAAAAUGGUGAAGCAUUCCAACUCUUUAAAGCCAGAUUCCAGUCGUUUGGAAAACAUUAAUAAUUAUCGUGUAUGUGACGGCUACUAUAAUACAGACUUACCUGGAUAUGAAGAUAAUAAGCCUUUUAUCAAGUCCUGGGUUCUUGGGGCGUUUGCACUCCUGUGUCUCCUGGGGCUGACGUGGUCUUUUGGUCUGUUGUACAUCAAUGAGGAGACUAUUGUAAUGACGUACCUCUUCACAGUGUUCAACGCCUUCCAAGGAAUGUUUAUCUUCAUAUUCCACUGUGCCCUUCAGAAGAAAGUGCGCAAAGAGUACAGCAAGUGUUUCAGGCACACCUACUGCUGCGGAGGUCUUCCAACCGAAAGCCCCCACAGCGUGGUUAAAGCAUCGACGGCAAGAACCAGCGCUCGAUACUCUUCCGGCACCCAGAGUCGAAUUAGAAGAAUGUGGAAUGACACAGUGAGGAAGCAAUCAGAAUCAUCUUUUAUCUCAGGUGACAUAAACAGUACGUCUACCCUUAAUCAAGGAAUGACUGGCAAUUACCUACUAACAAACCCUCUUCUUCGACCCCAUGGCACUAACAACCCUUAUAACACACUGCUCGCCGAAACUGUUGUAUGUAAUACCCCUACUGCUCCUGUGUUUAACCCACCAGCGAACUACAGAGAGACAAGACAUUCACUGAACAAUGCCAGGGAUUCAAGUGCCAUGGAUACUCUACCGCUAAAUGGUAACUUUAACAACAGCUACUCUCUACGGAAUGGGGACUACAGUGAUGGAGUACAAGUUGUAGACUGUGGACUAAGUCUGAAUGACACAGCAUUUGAAAAAAUGAUAAUUUCAGAGCUAGUGCACAACAACCUGCGGUGUAGUAGCAAGAACCACAACCUGGAGCGUUCCCUGCCCAUCAAAACUGUCAUUGGGGGAAGCAGUAGUGAAGAUGAUGCGAUCGUUGCAGAUGCUUCCUCCUUAAUGCACGGCGACAACCCGGGGCUGGAACUCCACCACAAAGAGCUGGAGGCACCGCUAAUUCCACAGCGGACUCACUCUCUUCUGUACCACCCACAGAAGAAAGUGAAGACCGAAGGAACAGACAGUUAUGUGUCACAGUUGACCGCCGAGGCUGAAGACAAUCUUCAAUCCCCAAACAGAGACUCCCUCUACACUAGUAUGCCCAAUCUACGGGACUCUCCAUACCCAGAGAGUAGCCCUGACAUAGAAGAGGAUUUAUCGCCCUCAAGGAAGAGUGAGAACGAGGACGUUUAUUAUAAAAGCAUGCCAAAUCUCGGAGCUGGACACCAUCUACAGAUGUACUACCAGAUAAGCAGGGGCAAUAGCGAUGGCUACAUUAUACCCAUAAACAAGGAAGGUUGCGUCCCCGAAGGAGAUGUCAGGGAAGGACAAAUGCAACUAGUCACAAGUCUUUAA